AUGAAGGAACUAGAGAUGAAGGAACAAGAGAUGAAGGAACAAGAGAUGAAGGAACUAGAGAUGAAGGAACAAGAGAUGAAGGAACUAGAGAUGAAGGAACUAGAGAUGAAGGAACAAGAGAUGAAGGAACUAGAGAUGAAGGAACUAGAGAUUAAGGAACUAGAGAUUAAGGAACUAGAGAUUAAGGAACUAGAGAUGAAGGACCUAGAGAUGAAGGAACUAGAGAUGAAGGAACUAGAGAUUAAGGAACUAGAGAUUAAGGAACUAGAGAUGAAGGAACUAGAGAUGAAGGAACAAGAGAUGAAGGAACUAGAGAUGAAGGUACAAGAGAUGAAGGAACGAGAGAUGAAGGAACUAGAGAUGAAGGAACUAGAGAUGAAGGAACAAGAGAUGAAGGAACUAGAGAUUAAGGAACUAGAGAUGAAGGACCUAGAGAUGAAGGAACUAGAGAUGAAGGAACUAGAGAUGAAGGAACAAGAGAUUAAGGAACUAGAGAUGAAGGAACUAGAGAUGAAGGAACUAGAGAUGAAGGAACUAGAGAUGAAGGAACAAGAGAUGAAGGAACUAGAGAUGAAGGAACUAGAGAUGAAGGAACAAGAGAUGAAGGAACUAGAGAUGAAGGAACAAGAGAUGAAGGAACAAGAGAUGAAGGACCUAGAGAUGAAGGAACAAGAGAUGAAGGAACUAGAGAUGAAGGAACUAGAGAUGAAGGAACAAGAGAUGAAGGAACUAGAGAUGAAGGAACUAGAGAUUAAGGAACUAGAGAUUAAGGAACUAGAGAUGAAGGAACUAGAGAUGAAGGACCUAGAGAUGAAGGAACUAGAGAUGAAGGAACUAGAGAUUAAGGAACUAGAGAUUAAGGAACUAGAGAUGAAGGAACUAGAGAUGAAGGAACAAGAGAUGAAGGAACUAGAGAUGAAGGAACGAGAGAUGAAGGAACGAGAGAUGAAGGAACUAGAGAUGAAGGAACUAGAGAUGAAGGAACAAGAGAUGAAGGAACUAGAGAUUAAGGAACUAGAGAUGAAGGAACUAGAGAUUAAGGAACUAGAGAUUAAGGAACUAGAGAUGAAGGAACUAGAGAUGAAGGAACUAGAGAUGAAGGAACAAGAGAUGAAGGAACUAGAGAUGAAGGAACAAGAGAUGAAGGAACAAGAGAAGAAGGAACUAGAGAUUAAGGAACUAGAGAUGAAGGAACAAGAGAUGAAGGAACUAGAGAUGAAGGAAGAGAGAUGA